AAAGAAAAAAAAUCUCUCGUCGAUUCGUCUGCCCUUGAGCCCGAGUCGUCGUCGUCGAGGGCGGCGGCGGCGGAGUCGCGGUAGGGCGGAAGCCGGCGGCGGAGCCAUCGAGGCCUGCAGGGAGGGGCCCCGUACGGUUCACCUGCGCCCCCAACACCCCUCCGUUGAGUCUAGGGCCUCCUGCCCCGCCGCCUCGUCCGGCGCCAAAACCCUAAGCGGGUAAAUUCCCCCGACGAGUAGUUUUGUGCCAGUCAGAGUUGAGUCAUGGCGGAGCACUUGGCUUCGAUCUUUGGCACUGAGAAGGACAGGGUCAACUGCCCUUUUUACUUCAAGAUUGGGGCUUGUCGUCAUGGGGAUCGCUGCUCCCGCCUGCACAACAGGCCAACCAUAUCGCCAACUCUUGUGCUUGCUAACAUGUAUCAGCGCCCUGAUAUGAUAACCCCUGGGGUUGAUGCUCAAGGCCAACCUAUUGAUCCUGAGAAGAUGCAGGAGCAUUUUGAGGAUUUCUAUGAGGACAUCUAUGAGGAGUUGGGCAAGUUUGGUGAGAUUGAGAACCUCAAUGUCUGCGACAACCUUGCUGACCACAUGAUUGGGAAUGUCUAUGUCCAGUUCAGGGAGGAAGAACAGGCAGCUGCAGCAUACAAUGCUCUUCAGGGCCGCUAUUAUUCUGGCCGCCCGAUAAUUGUGGAGUAUUCUCCUGUGACUGACUUCCGGGAAGCGACCUGUAGGCAGUUUGAGGAGAACAGCUGCAACCGUGGUGGCUACUGUAAUUUCAUGCAUGUGAAGCAGAUUGGCAGGGAUCUCAGGAGGAAGCUCUAUGGCCGUUCCGCUUCCAGGAGGUACCAUGGGAGGAGCAGAAGCCGAAGCCCGCCACCUCAAAGGAGGGGCCAUCGUGAUCGUGAUGACUACCAUCGUGACCGUGAUGAUUACCGUGGUGGUGGCGGUGGCGGUGGCGGUGGCGGUGGCGGUGGGCGGGGUAGAGGCAGCAGGCAUGACAGGUAUGAUGACGGAGGGGGCAGAGGCGGCAGGCAUGACAGGUAUGAUGAUGGAGGAAGACGCAGGCAUGGUAGCCCACCCCCAAGGCGUGGGAGGAGCCCAGUCAGGGAGAGCAGCGAGGAACGCAGGGCCAAGAUUGAGCAGUGGAACCGUGAACGCGAAGCAAAGCAGUGAGUCCCUGUGGCAAGUGCCUCAAGACGAGCAUUGUUGGCUGGGUUUCUUGCUUGUCGGUUACAGCUAUGUUCUAAGUGGACCUGUGUUGGUUGAUAUCCUGCUUGGCUAAGUAACCUUUUAAGUGCAGGAUUGCUAAGUUCAUUUUUGUUAAUCAGACAUGUAAACUUAAAAGUAUUUCCAUUCCAUCUGUAUUGUGUCAGAUACUCGGUUCAUUUUCUAGUUUGCGAUCGAAGCUAUUGUUGGUGUGAAAUCAUUCGUUGUGUUA